AUGGCUAAGAUAAAAUCAAUUGAAUACUUCCGCGUCAAGCCGCGCUGGCUUUUUGUCAAAAUCACCGAUGAAAAGGGUGGAUAUGGCUGGGGAGAGGGCACACUGGAGGGCCACGACCUUGCUGUCGAAGGUGCUCUAGACGAGAUGAUUACUCGAUUGAUUGGAUAUGAAGCUGAUGACAUUGAGCACAUCUGGCAAACAAUCUGGCGUCUUGGAUUCUACCGCGGUGGUCCCGUCUUCAUGUCCGCUCUUUCUGGUAUUGAUAUUGCGCUUUGGGACUUGAAGGGUCGUAAUCUCGGUGUUCCAGUCUACCAACUUCUAGGCGGAAAAGUGCGUAAUAAGGUGCAGGUGUACGCUUGGAUUGGCGGUGAUCGCCCCGCUGAUGUCGAAGUUGCUGCCAAAGCACGCAUCGCCCAAGGCCUGAAAUGCAUCAAAAUGAACGCCACCGAAGACGUAAACUGGGUCGACUCCCCCUCCGUCCUCGACAGCACCGUUGAGCGCCUCAAAGCCGUCAAGGCCCUUGGUCUCGACGCAGGCCUCGACUUCCACGGCCGUCUCCACAAACCCAUGGCCAAACAACUGGCCAAGGCCCUUGAGCCGCAUCGCCCUCUCUUCAUUGAAGAGCCUUUGCUCUGCGAGCAUCCUGAAGCUAUCAAGCAGCUUUCCGGACUGACCACCAUCCCCAUCGCGUUCGGCGAGCGGUUGUAUACCAGGUGGGACGUUAAGAAGUUCUUGGAAGAUCAUUCAGUCGAUAUCCUGCAGCCGGAUAUUGCGCAUGCAGGCGGCAUCAGUGAGACGCGCCGCAUUGCUAAUAUCGCGGAGGCAUACGACGUCGCUAUUGCGCCUCAUUGUCCUCUGGGACCCAUUGCGUUUGCUGCAUCGGUUCAGGUUGCCCUCAACAUACCCAAUUUCGUGAUUCAAGAAAUGUCGUUGGGCAUGCACUACAACGUUGAGGCUGGAGAUAUUGAUUUGAAUACAUAUCUCAAAGACCAGUCUGUGUUUGCUAUUGAGGAGGGAUAUGUCAAGGCGCCUACGGGAGCUGGGUUGGGUAUUGAGAUUGAUGAGGAUUUGGUGAGGAAGAUUGCGAAGGAGACGGAGCCGUGGCAGUGUAAAGAGUUUUAUGGUCCUGAUGGGGGUAUUCGCGAGUGGUAG